AUGGCGACUUCUCAUGCAGUGAUGGGUGUGAUCAGAUCAGUCAUGCCUGCGUUUCGCAAUAGCAACGAUAAAGUAGCUUUCGUAGUUCAUGCUUCUUUCGUCGUUUCCGGUUACGUCCUCACUGCCACCGGACGUCCUGCCUUUGCCCACGACGCUCUCUCGUCAUCGACCACUCAGAGUUUGGUUGGGAUUGAAGGGUGGAAUGAAUUCAAUGAGGAGUAUGCAUUUGUUUAUAAAGAACCGAUGAAAGGAUCAAAGAAUAAAGUGAAGAAAGUUUUGGUUAAGUGUUUAGUGAUGAAUGAUAAACUUCUUGUUGUUGCCAUAGCUGAUGAUGCAAAAGAACCUGCCCAUCUCCAAAUAGAAGUUGGGAAUUAUACUAAUGAGUCUAAAGAGGAGAGGGAUUACAAUGCACAAUUCAAGAAUUUGGGGAAGUUAGUGACUGAUUUGAAGAGUGAGAUUCUCUAUAAGCUAAAACAUGUUUCUUCUACAACUAAGUCAAGAUUUGAGACAGAUGAAGAGCUUAGAGAUUACAUUGAUCCAUUCGGUUAUCCGAUUGACACAACAAUGUUUGGAGCUCCUCAGAAUAUGCCUGAUCAUGUUGAGCCAAGUCAUCUGAUACAACCACAACUUGGUUAUCAGGGUGUGCCACUUCGUCCUUAUACCCCAGUCGUUAUUCCUGAUUACAAUACAUACCCUCCUGUGUAUUAUUAUUAUUAUUGUUGA